AUGGCGCACGACAACAUGCUGACAGCCUUUCUCAUCGCCUUGGGAGUUUAUAAGGAGCAGUGGCCUCUUUAUGCCUCGCAGGUGGUGCUGGAGACGGCUGAGUCUGAAGGAGUGGUCGCGGCUCGCAUCCUGGUGAAUGAUGAGGUGUGCCUAGAGUGGCAACCUUGGGUGGAUCUCCAUGGCAAGUUGCACCACUUGGCUAUGUCCAAGGGCCAACUUGCCCCACGGUACGACCCAUCGUCCAUGAAAGGGCACCUGCUGCAAACUGUUCAUCCCAUGCUCCAGCUCGUCGCCAGCAGUAAGGGCAUACCCAUGAACGAGUACCUCAUGAGGACCGUCGCACGAAUCUUCAGCUUCUUGAAGCAGCAGGGCGCCGAAACCGGCCUGGCGACGCUGAGUCCGCUUUCGGCCAUCCUCUUGGCCAUGUCAGCAAAUCCGUCAAAUCCUGUUUUCAAUCAUCAUCUCUUUGAGGCAGUCGCCUCGAUUGUGAAGGUUUGUGUACCUGCGCAGCCUGAUGCUGUGGAAAGCGCACUGCUGCCCACCUUCGGGCAGAUUCUUGAAAGGAAUGUGGUGGAUUUCCUUCCGUAUACUUUUCAGAUUAUGGGCUUGCUGCUUGAUGCUUCCCCGAGCAUCAAGCCACUCUACACAGAGCUUUUUGCAAGGCUCUUGAACCCGGAGCUUUGGCGUUCCCAGGCAAAUGUGCCGGGUCUGAUUAGACUUCUGCGUGCAUACUUUGCAAAACACGCUAGUUUUGCCGAGCUGCUGAAGACGCACAUGCAGGCGAUCCUUGAACGGUUCCAAUUCGUUCUCAUGAAUCGGAAGACCGAGGUGGCAGCACUGGACCUGCUGAACGCGAUAUACCAGUAUCUGCCGAUUGAGUUUUACCAGCAGUUUCUCAAGACCCUGAUGACCGUUUUGUUGACUAGACUUCAAAGCAGCAAGUCACCAAAGUUCAAGCGGGACUUUGUUGUUUCGUGCUCGCUUUGCAUCCACAAGAACCAGUCAGUAAUACCACUCUUCAAUGAGAUUCAGGCUGGCCUGCUUAGCAACCUUGUGCUCAAUGUUUGGCCACCCGUGCUGAAGAUGCCGCUGAAAACGGACGAACGCAAGGUGUGCGUUAUGGCAGUAGCCCGACUGCUGUCUUUAGAUGAGAUGAGACAGAACACACAGCUGGUUGGGGCUUGUGCUGUUGGCCUCGUUCACUUAUUGGGCCUGUCCUCGUCGAACAACAAGUCGAAGUUGAACGGCGACGAGGGAUCCGAUGACGAAUUCUUGGAGAAUGCAGGUGCAGGUCAAGAGUAUGAAGUCUCCUUCAACAAGCUCCAGAACACUGACCUCCCCGGUGCAGCAGCCGGACUGGCGCCAGACGUCCCCGAGCUGCAGUCAGCUGCGAAAGCAGCCCUGAAGCCAGUUCUUGGCGCCGCCCCCCUGCCUGAACGAUCGGAGAUUGUUUUCUUUGUUCUCGCUCAAACCCCUCUCUCGCUCUCUCGCUCUCUCGCUCCCUCGCUCCCUCUCCCUCUCCCGCUCCCCCCUCCCUCGCUUCCUCCUUUCCUGAGCCCAAGAUGCAACCCAGCGAGGUGUCCGGCAGCGACGUCCAGCGAAGCGAAGGCAGCUUCUGGACGAUGCGUGGACAGGUGCUUCCCAAACCACAGACGGUCAGGUAUGCCAUUUGCAGCUUCUUAA